AUGGACGCGCUAUUAGAAUCGGGAACCCCAAAUCAAGCUCUCGUAAGACGCGCCCGAUACGUCCAAGAAAGUCGUUCGCUGGAUCUAAUAGGCCAUUUUCAUUGUGACGUCUUUAAUCAGGAUAAAUUUUUAAUUAAUGGGGUAGAGGUUAGAAUGAGAUUCGUUCGCUCGAGAGAUGCGUUUUGUCUCAUGGAAGCCAACUCAACGUCGAAAAUACAUAUUCUAGAUGCUAGUUUGCUCAUAAGAAGAGCAAAAAUAAGCCCCGGAGUGUUACUCGAUCAUGCGAGAAUGUUGAGUAAAACAACCGCCAAGUAUCCUCUGACACGAGUCGAAGUUAAAACGUUCACGAUUCACGCAGGAGUGGUAGGAGAAUCGAUUAAUAACGCGAUACUCGGCCAGCUUCCAAAACGCAUAAUAGUCGGAUUCGUUGAUAACAAAGCGUUUAACGGCGAUAGAAAGCUAAAUCCAUUUAAUUUCAAAAAUUUCGGCAUAAAUUUCUUAUUGUUAUAUGCCGAUGGCAUGCAAAUUCCGAGCAGACCGCUGCAACCAAAUUUUUCAAAAGAUGAACCGCUCUACAUCGAGGCUUAUAACACCCUCUUCUCGGGAAUCGGCAUUCAUUUUCUAAACGAGGGGAAUUCCAUAAGCAGAGAAGAUUAUGCCGAUGGAUUCACGCUUUUCGCUUUCGAUCUCACUUCCGAUCUAUCGGCAAAUUGCGCAGAACAUUGGAAUCUUGUCAGAUAUGGAAGUUUACGAUUGGAGGUACGAUUCGAAAAGGCGAUUACAACAACGAUUAAUUGUAUCCUUUACGCAGAGUUCGAAAACGUGAUGGAAAUCGACUCUUCGCGUCAAGUCAUUGUAGAUUUUAACGGAUAA